AUGGCAUCACUUGUCCCGAAUGUGGCAAGACAUUCUAUUCCGCAAUGGGAUUUCAAUACCAUGAAGAUGCACAUCAAUCUAAAUCUCAAUGUGAAAUUUGUAACAGGUCCUUUUCUUACAAAACUGGACUACGACGACACCAACGACAAUUCCACAGAGGUAGCC